CUCACUGGUGGGCGGGUUACAUGCCUGUAGCAAAUAACUCACCCCCUCCUGGAUUGUGGCUCUCUCUAUAAAAACUACAUGACAUGUGGGUAUUUGGUUGUGACUUCAGAAGAGUGUUGACUGCCCUCGAAAUUCCUAACACUUCUCGGAUGUGCUUGUGGAGUUUUGGAGCAGUGAUCAUGGAAAGAGGUACGUAUUUAUCUGUUCCAAGAAAGACAGACACUGCAUCUAGGUAAG